UAGUCGCGAUUGUCAAUCGUUUGACAGACCUAACUUCACUGAUGUGUUAUUUUAAUAAUAGUGGGAUGGGUUAUAAGAAAUAGUCUUGUAAUUUGUAAAUUAGACAGCAAUGACAAUAGAGUAAACUUACUAAAUCAAAAUUAACAUAAAAUAAGUUGUUAAAAAAAUGUGUAAACCAUGUGAUAACUAAUUUGUAAAUAAACAAUUACUAUAGUUGACAGUGACAUUUGACAAGUGCCAGCUCACCGUAUAUUUUGUAGAAUUUUGUUUUUUGGAUAAUUUUAAAACGAAUAAUGGCGUUUGAGAAUGGAAUUAGUAACGUAGAGGUUUCAGCGGCUUUUAUUGAGACUUUACAGACUGAUUUCAAGAAUCUUGCUGGAGAAUCAAAGAAGAAAUAUCCAGUAAUAAAAGAGUCAUGUGAGGAAGCCGUUAUUAAAUUAAAAUCGGCUUUAUCCACUCCGCAAACAUCAAUAUUUUAUGUUAUUAAUCAAGUUAUUUAUCCAUUGUCACAAGGAUGUGAAACGAAGGAUGUUAAGCUAAUUAAAUUUUGUUUACAAAUCAUACAAAAAUUAAUAACACACCAAUUAAUUGAUCAAAAAGGAGCUUUGUAUAUAACUGAUACUUUAUGGACUUUAAUGGAAUCAGGAAUCGAGGAAGUAAAAAUUCUUCAGUCUGUCACUCUAUUGCUAACAACAAAUACAGUAGUGCAUGGCGACACUUUAGCUAGAACUCUGGUGUUGUGUUUUCGACUACAUUUUGCUAAAAACUCAACCACAAUCAACACAGCGGGUGCUACAGUACGACAAUUAGUCUCUUUAGUGUUUGAGCGAGUAGUAGCCGAAGACGAAAUGCUAGCAAAGUCUGAAAACACCCCCACAGUGCGACAGAUCAAUAUGGACGAUUUUAAGAUUCCAAGCGGUACACCUCCGAAAGGUUUACCACCAUGUGCAGCUGAUGCUUAUUUAUUGUUCCAAGAUUUAGUACAAUUAGUUAAUGCCGAUCAGCCUUACUGGCUUAUAGGAAUGACUGAAAUGACACGUACUUUUGGCUUAGAAUUACUAGAAUCUGUACUAACACAAUUUUCAAUAGUCUUUUAUAAAAACGCAGAGUUUAGUUUUCUACUAAAGGAACGUGUGUGCGCUCUGGUCAUCAAGUUGUUUUCACCAAAUAUUAAAUAUAGAAGUACUUUGCCAUCCAGCGUACAGCAAGCCACCCCAUUCGAGAAGCCUUACUUUCCUAUAAGCAUGCGAUUACUAAGGGUUGUGUCUAUUUUAAUUCAGAAGUAUCAUAGUCUUCUGGUGACUGAAUGUGAAAUAUUUUUAUCUCUUAUUGUAAAAUUUUUGGAUCCUGACAAACCAACAUGGCAGCGAUCUUUAGCUUUGGAAGUUUUACACAAAAUGACUAUUCAACCAGAACUGUUAAACUCGUUCUGCAAAUGUUAUGAUCUCAACAAACAUACAACUAGCAUUUUUCAAGACAUCGUGAAUUCGCUGGGAGCCUAUGUACAAUCGCUUUUCGUCAACCCACAGCUGCAAAUUAACAAUACAAUGAAUAUCACCCAAGGCCAACCGCCAGUGUUCCUAGGGGGUUUACCCGCCGGUCCUGGUGUUUCCCCGCAGCCAGGGUUCCUGCUGCGUGGUGUUUGGUUGCCGAUUGUGACUACAUUCCCCACCGGUCAAACCAAAUCGAUCUAUUUAGAAAUGUUGGAUAAAAUCGAGCCACCGACCAUCCCAGACGGGUAUGGCAUUUCCAUCGCCUACGCAAGUCUUUUAGAAAUAAUCCGGUCGUUACAAAUCACCAUCGGGCCGCAACAUCACGUCGAAGGGGAAUCCCCUCCGCCUCGACCCAAAGAAAUCAACAAGGAACUAUACUGCCAGUUAAUCAAGUCGAGUUGGUGCGGGCUUCUUGCAGCUUUAAGUCCGCUUAUAGAUGCUAGUACGGACGAAUCCAUCACGGAAAACGUACUCAAAGCCAUACAAACUUACGCGUCGCUUUGUGGACAAUUGAAUUUAGACACUCCUAGAGACGCUUUUAUUACAGCAAUUUGUAAAUCGUCGCUUCCGCCGCAUUAUGCGUUGACGGUGUUGAAUACCAUUACCUCGGGCUCUGCUUUGAGGACGGGACACAGUCAAGAGUUGAACGCACAACUGGUGGCACAGUAUGGUGAAGCUGAUUAUAGACAGCAGGUUGUGGCAGUCGGGACGCCUUUACCCACGUCAUCGGUGCCUGCAGGUACUCAACAAGGUCCUGUUAUGCUCACGUCAAAGAACCUUCAGUCUAUGCGCGCUUUACUAAGUCUGGCGCAUUGCCACGGAAGCAUCCUGGGUAGUUCGUGGCAUCUAGUGCUCACCACUUUGCAACAUUUAGUCUGGAUUUUGGGCUUGAAACCCUCGACGGGUGGUAGCUUGAAGGCCGGCCGUCUCACUACAGACACAAAUGCUGUGAUAACAACGUCAGUAAUGGCGGAUUUACCAGUGUUAUCACAAAUGCUCAGUAGGUUAUUUGAAUCCAGUCAGUAUUUAGACGACGUAGCGUUACAUCAUUUAAUCAAUGCUCUCUGUAAGUUGUCACAGGAAGCUAUGGAAUUGGCUUACUCGAAUCGAGAACCUUCGCUAUUCGCCGUCGCUAAGUUACUAGAAACGGGUUUAGUAAACAUGCCUAGAAUCGAGGUAUUGUGGCGACCGCUAACCAAUCACUUGUUGGAAGUUUGUCGCCACCCCCAUAUAAGAAUGCGCGAGUGGGGAGUGGAGGCAAUCACGUAUUUGGUUAAGUCGGCGUUGCAUUAUAAACAUACAGUGCCACUGAGAGAUAAUCAAAAAUUACAAACGCUGCUUUUGGGACCGUUGUUUGAAUUGUCGUCGGUACCGCAUGGGGAUGUGAGGCAAAGGCAGCUGGAGUGCGUCCUUGAGAUUUUACAUGGUGCUGGGGAAACGUUGUCCCACGGCUGGCCUUUAGUUUUAGGCAUAAUUGGGGCGGUUAACGAUCAACACGGCGAAAAUUUGAUACGAAUUGCAUUCCAAUGCCUGCAGCUAGUUAUAACCGACUUUCUCCCGGUUAUGCCGUGGAGGUGUUUACCGUUGUGCGUCGAUACGGUCUCUAAGUUCGGUUCGCAAACCCAGGAAUUGAAUAUUUCGCUAACAGCAGUUGGAUUAAUGUGGAACAUAUCCGACUACUUCCACCAAAAUCAAGGUAAACUAAGUCAGACUUUAACUGAAGACACCACAGUACUUCCGGACUUCCCUGGAACUUUAAACAUGCCUAGUUUUGAUAAGUUGUGGAUGUGUUUGUAUGCACGAUUGGGUGAAUUGUGUGUGGAUACCCGACCGGCGGUGCGAAAGUCGGCUGGGCAAACUUUAUUUUCCACAAUUUCCGCGCACGGUGGAUUGUUGAAACAAUCAACCUGGCAGGCGAUUUUGUGGCAGGUGCUGUUUCCUUUGUUAGAUAAAGUUAGAAGUUUGUCGAAUUCCGCUAGCAGCGAAAAGGUGGACGCCGGAGGCAACAUCUUGAUCCAUCACACGCGGAACACGGCACAAAAACAGUGGGCGGAAACCCAAGUUUUGACCCUAUCAGGGGUAGCCCGCGUUUUUAACACCAAAAGACAACUAUUGCAAGCACUAGGCGAUUUUCCGAGAGCGUGGUCUAUACUUUUAGAAUUCAUAGAAAACGCCGCUUUGAGCAAAAACAACGAAGUUUCAAUCGCCGCACUUAAGUCCUUCCAAGAGAUCCUGUUUUUGAGUAAAAGUCAGUCUGUUGAUAAUAAGUCUGCGGUGAUUGAAGAUAGAGAAAUCUGGUCAAUCGCGUGGAAGGUCUGGGUGAAAAUCGGCACCGAAAUCACAGUCCCGGCACUAGAAACUGAAAGCACGAACGACCUCUACUGUCCCAGUCAGACUUUUUUGACCGCUUUGGUUCAAAUUUUCCCCAGCGUGUUUCAGCACAUUAAAAGCAACUUCAACUUAGACGAUCUCAAGCAGUUGGGUACUGUUCUCACGAACGCGGUUAGUGUCCCGGUUUACGGCGAAACCACACCCUAUAUCAUCUCCACGUCGUCCGAUGUAAGUUUGACGCCUCUUCAUGAUGGUGUUUUACACACAAUGGAAUUGCUCCAAAAAGAAGCCCUGUCUAGAAACAACAGCAAAAUGAUUCCUGAAAUAUUCAAGCGUUUACUGAUUUUCGCCAAAUUUACGUGUUCGCCUCCGAGUACUAGUAAAUUAGAAAACAAGCAUAAUAAAGUUUCGGAUUGGGUAGCUAUGAACUAUAUUCCGUUCGGGGAGAAAGCGAUGAGCAUGACUGUGAAGUUGUACGACAAAACCGCUGAGAAUCCCGAAGUGAUUAGUGCUAAUAUUCUCCACGGAAUCGUAGCGGCGCUGCAUAAACCUCUAGCGUUGAAGUACAAUUGUUAUACUAAUAGUAUUUGGAAAUUAGCGGCAAACAGUCUGAUUACGGUGCUCAAAACCGGUCUAAAAGUGGCUAGAAUCCAUGGGAAUCAAUUCGCCGCGAUGUGGACCGAACUUGCCGCAACUCUCAAUGAUUUCCUAUUUCCUAGCAUGUGUGCUCCUGCUGAUAAGGGUUUGGAUGAAAUGGUGACAGACGAAGCGACGGACUGCCAGUUAAUAGAGUUACUACGAACGGAAGUUUUGCCUUAUUCCAGUCAAAUCCCAAAGGAAUUCAUAAUGCAGGUGGUUAUUUUACUAAAUAAAGGGUCAAUUCAUUCAGCUACGAACGUCAAAACUGACAUCGAUUCCGAGCUGACGCUUAGGGAAGAGUUCGCGAAGACGUGUUUCGAAACUUUGUUACAGUUUUCUUUGAUUGAUGGCGACAAUAAAGCGCUUGUUGUCAACGGCGACGACUUAGCCGGCCAACUGGCCGUCACUUCGUUGUUACAGAGAUUCCAAGAAGUUUUAGAGAAAUAUAUAGAGGACGAAAAGUUGAGCGGCAAGUGCCCUCUACCGAGGUACCGCCUUUCCGAAAUCUCUUUCGUCUUGAAAGCUGUAACCACUCUAAUCAUAUCAAUGAAGAAAGCGCCUAUCAGAGAAGAUAGUACAGCUUGGGAACACCUGAUUAAAUUGUAUCCUCAUUUAGUCGAAUGUACAACCACGACGUCUACUCAAGUUUCGAGACCUUUGAAGGAAGCUCUCCUGCAAUUCUGUGAUUUACUACAACCACCAAUGAGUAAUAAAGCAAAUGGCGAAAAAAUUUGAUUUUGUUAAACAUCGUGUACCUGUUGUGAGAGAUAUCAAUUGUCUUGAGAUUUAUUUUAAAGUUGUUUUAACAAGUAUUAAGUAUAUAAUUCGUAACAUUUCCGACAUCUGCCAUUUAUUUCAUUUUAGUUAUACGUUACGUUGUCAUUUAUAUACAUAUAUAUAUAUUUGGAAAAGUUUGUAAAUUUUAGUGUUAAUAAAAUAUUUAAAACUGA